AUGGAGGAAAAAGCAAAGAGAGUAUAUAUAGAGAGAAUAGUUGUGGAGGACUUCAAGAGCUACAAAGGGCAGCACACAAUAGGGCCCUUUGGAAGGGGGUUUAACACGAUAGUAGGGCCCAAUGGGUCAGGGAAGAGCAAUGUGAUAGACUGCAUCCUGUUUGUGCUGGGAUUCAAGGCAAAGAAGCUGCGGCACACGCGGGCUGAGGAUCUGAUACAUUCGGGAGAGCCCAGGCCAACAAGAGCGAGCGUGUCGAUUGAGAUGUGCGAUGGGGCAGGAGGGCGAGUGGCGGUCUCUCGUGCAGUGAUGGCGAAGGGAAAGAGCGUGUACAGCAUCAACGGGGAAAGUGUCCCGCAGGAGAGAGUCACUGAGCUGAUGAAGGAGUACAAUGUAGAUUUAGUGAACAACCGGUUCAUGAUACUGCAGGGGGAGAUAGAGAGCAUCUCGCAGAUGAAGGCAAAGGGAUCGGGAGAGAGCGUAGGGCUCGUGGAGUAUCUGGAAGAGAUCGUAGGAACAAGUGUGUAUGCAGAGGUGAUAAAAGAAGCAGAGGCAGAGGUGCAGGCAAGGAGAGAGGUAGCUGAGAGGCACAGAGCAGAGUAUCACUUCACAGAGAAAGAGUGCUUGUAUCUACAGCCAAAGGCUGAUCUCUCGCGGCAGCGCAUAGCAUCGCACAUAGGAGCAAGCAUCAAGCGGCGAGCCAUAAUAGCAGAGACGGCCCAAGAGAUAAAAACUCUUCAUCAGUCGCGCACAGACAAGCAGCACGUGUCCCACGAGGCGCUGGAAGCGCUAAAAAAGAAAAAAGAAAAAGCGCAAUCUGCAGAGAGCCAGCACGCACAGGCACACGAGCAGGCGCAGACAGAGCACCACGAUGCAGAGCAAGCGUAUCUACGGCAGAAGAAGGCGAGCGAGAAAGUGAGCAGCGAGAACAGGCUGCACGAGAUGCACCGGGCAAAGAGUGCAGAGCAGAUGGCCUUACAGGUAGAAGAGGUUGCGCGGCUGGAGAGAGCGAAGGAAGAGGGCGAGAAGAGAAAGGAGGAGCACGAGAAGGAGCUGAAGGAAAACAGAGCGCGGAUGCAGGAAGAUGAGAGAAGGAAAGAAGAGAUAGAGAAGAAGAUAAGAAAGAUAGAAGGGAAGAAAGGUGGCCGGGUGAAGGAUGCGCUGGAAAGUGCGCAGAGCGUGCUGGUGGAGCAGAUGCGCAAGGGAAAGGUGUACAAAGACGAGCUGAGAAAGAAAAGAGGAGAGAGGAAGGAGAUGGAGAAGAAGGUAGAAGAGAUAGAGGAAGAGAUAAAGAGAAUACCAGAGGAGAUGAAGAGAGUAAGAGAGGAUAGAGAUGCGUAUGAUAAGAGUGCGCAUGGAAAGUAUGCUAAACAGAUGGAAGAGAUCUGCAGAAUACAAGAGGAAACAGAGGUAGAGAUACGAAAGAGAGAGAAUGUUCUGGAGGCACUGGUGAAGGAGGGGGAGAGCAGCGAGAUAGACGACAGGCUGAGAGAGUAUUUAGUAAAGAUAGAAGGAUACUGCGGUAGAGUAAGAGACCUGGGAACAGUGGAUAGAAAGUAUGCAAUGGCAGUGAGCGCAGUGGGAAGAGGAGGGCUGCACAGUCUGGUGGUGGAUACAACAGAAACAGCAGAGAAGUGUUUGGACGUGAUAAAGAAAAGGAGCCUAGGGAGGCACACUAUCCUCGUUAUGGACAGGCUCGGGGAAGUGCGGGAUAGCAGAGAUGCAAAUAGGCUGGUGGAUAAGGUCAGCUGCAGGAAAGAGUACGUAAAGUGUUUCUACCACAUACUAGGGGAUACGCUCGUUGUAGGGGAUUUAGACACGGCAAUGAAAAGAGCAUUUAUGCGAGACAGACCGAAGGUAGUGACUGAGGGAGGGCAGGUAAUCGAUAAGAGCGGGCUGAUGAGCAGUAGUCCGGUGCAGAUAGUGCAGAUGGCUGCGAGGAAGACGCCUAAAGAAACAAGGAAGGAGAUAGAAAAAGCACGAGAGGCAGUGAAGGAGGCAGAGGAAGGAAUGCAGAGAGUGGAGGAAGCUGUGAGAAAGGCUGAGAAGAAGGCUGCAGCAGCAGAAGCACACAGGAAGAGAUGGGAAGCAGCAGAAAGCACUAUGAAGAGCCUGGAAAAGAGCCUGGAGCUGGCUAAGAAGAAGAGAAAGGAGAUGGAGAGUAGAAAUAGCAGCGGUAGCACAAAAGAGUCUGUAGAUGCAGAGGAAGAUGCUUUGGUGAAAAAAGUAGAAGAAAUGGAGAAGAUAGAAAAAGAAAUGGAACAGAAGGUGAAGGAGAUAGAGAAACAGAUGGAAGUAGAGGGAGGGGCUAUGUACAGAGAAAUGAAGGCCACGCUCUCUGGAAUAGAGGAAGUUUUGUUCACGCUGAACUGCAGGAACAGGGAGAUAGAGAAGGCCCUCCUGGAAAGAGUAGCCAGUGCUGCAGACAUAUCCAGCGCACAGAAAAAGGCGCAGAUGACACAGGAGAAAAUAGACGAAGCAGGCAAAGCGAUAGACACAGAAAAAGAGAAAGAAGCACGAAAUGCCAUGGAAGCAGCUGAAAGGACCAUGCGAGAGAGCAGAGAAAGAGUAAGAGAGCACGAAGAGAAAAGAAUGAGAGAAAUAAGAGAGAUAGACGUAAUACGCAGCAAAGAGGCAGAGAUAGAAGGAGAAAUAAGAGAAACAGCGAGUAGAAUGGAAGAGAUGGAGAGAAAAGAAAAAGAGCUCGAAAAAGAAGCAGAAGCCAUUGCAGAAAGUCUGCACAGCAUACAGAAGAGACUAGGCAAGUACUACACAGCGUACGAAACAGCAGACACAGAUGCAGUGAAUAUGCAGAUAGCAGAUGGCAGCAGUAUAAUAAGUGAUGUAGACACGUACAUCCUCUAUGAAGAGAAGAAAGAAGCGACGCAGAAAGAGCUGGAUGUUCUCUUGGAGAAAGAAGAAAGAGAAAAAGAGGAAAAAGAGAGGCUGGGAAUGCUUAAAGAGGAAAGAGUGAACAAGUUCCUGAGUAGUAUACGCAAGAUAAACCAGGAGCUGAAAAGGGUGUACAGCAGGCUUACCUUUGGAGGAGAUGCUGAGAUAGAAGCAGUGGACUAUCUGGACCCGUUCUCUGAAGGAGUUGUGAUGAGCGUCAUGCCGCCCAGGAAGAGCUGGAAGAGCAUAUCGCAGCUAAGCGGAGGAGAAAGGACACUGGCAUCACUCUCCCUGAUAUUUGCUCUCCAUGAGUACCAUCCCAACAGCUUCUACGUGAUGGAUGAGAUAGACGCAGCCUUGGACUACAAGAAUGUGGGCAUUGUAGGACAGUUCAUAGCAGAGAGAGCAAGAGACUGCCAGUUCCUCGUGAUCAGUCUGAGGGAGAACAUGUACGAGCUAGCUGACGUUUUCAUCGGAGUGUACAGGCCCGCAGAGACAACCCUGACACUAGCAGUGGACACAACAGUAAAUACAGCAGUGUAA